UCUUUUUACAGAAGAAGCUGUGGCGGGGGGCGCGACAGCCAUGGUGUGGGGGCAGCGUGCACGUGUGGUUGCCACUCCACGUGCGCGACUCUGCUCGCGCUUCUUGGAGGCGACAGUUCGAACUCGGGGUCCCGCUCCAGAGGUGACGGCUCGGAUGUGAGCGGGACGCAACAGGAAUGCCGGGCGGGGGGAAACAACGAGGCGCACGGGAGGGAGGGAGAGUGGCCUCUUAUAGGGACAAGAGGGGGUCACGUCCGGGAGAGUUUGAGGGGACAGACGAACCAUCCGCUCGGUCCCCAACUGGACCAGCACCAUGUGCAACAACUGCUGACUCCACGCAAAGUCCUCUCGCACGCCAACCUUUCAACACAAGCCUACCUUAAAAAGAUGACGUCCGCCACACCAUCUUAUGCUCGUAGCUCCUCCCCCCAGAAGGUGUGCCACUCUCAGACGCAGACGGACGUCUUGAAACCCCUGCUGGGCGGCGGCCUCUCCAACACCGGCAGUACGUUGCGGAAGCGGCGGCGGGUGCUGUCCAAAGAUGGCCGCAGCAACAUCCGCAUCGAGCACGUUAGUGGGCGUGGCUCUCUUUACAUGCGAGACCUGUGGACCACCUUUGUGGACAUGCAGUGGCGCUACAAGUUCUUCCUGUUCACCGCCACCUUUGCCGGGACCUGGUUCCUGUUUGGGGUGCUUUGGUACCUGCUGGCGCUGGUGCACGGAGAUCUGCUCGAGUCCGAGCCUCCGUCCAACCACACUCCAUGCGUGAUGCAGAUGCAGACGCUGACGGGCGCCUUCCUCUUCUCGCUGGAGUCGCAGACCACCAUCGGCUACGGUUUCCGCUGUAUCACCGAGGAGUGCCCCUUCGCAAUCGUCCUGCUCAUCAUCCAGCUGCUCAUCACCACGCUCAUGGAGAUCUUCAUCACCGGAACGUUCCUGGCUAAGGUGGCGCGUCCGAAGAAGCGAGGCGAGACGGUCAAGUUCAGCCAGCACGCCGUGGUGUCGAGCCAGGAGGGACGCCCGUGCCUCAUGAUCAGGGUGGCCAACAUGCGCAAGAGCCUCCUCCUUGGCUGUCAGGUGACGGGUAAGCUGCUCCAGUCAUCUUUGACUAAGGAGGGCGAGACGGUUCGCCUGGACCAGAGGAACGUGGCCUUCCAGGUGGACACUUCCAGCGACAGCCCCUUCCUCAUCCUGCCACUCACUUUCUACCAUGUCAUCGACGAUGACAGCCCUCUCAGGGCCUGGGCGAACAAGGGCGGCGGCUGGACUGAUCAGGAAUUGGCCGACUUUGAGCUGCUGGUCAUCCUAAGCGCCACAGUGGAGCCCACGUCGGCCACCUGCCAGGUUCGCACCUCUUACCUGCCCGACGAGAUCCUGUGGGGCUAUGAGUUCCCUCCUGUGGUCUCCCUGUCGCCGUCGGGCAAAUACGUGGCCGACUUCGCCUUUUUCGACAAGGUGGCCAAGAGCAAGGCGCAGCCCGUCUUCAAGCCGUCAGAGGGCCAGCGACACGGCUACCAGAGCAACGGCGGUGGGAAACACGUCGACGGCUCCGACCCGGAGAAGAUCCGCUUGGAGCAAAGCUACCGGGAGGAGCGAGGCCGUGUCAGCGUUCGCAUUAGCAACGUGUGAAAACCUGAUGUGGGAUUCGUUUGUGGACUGCGGUGCCGUCUGCCUCCAGAACCUGAGCCCAAACUACGGAAAAUCAAACAGCACUGAAAAAUAAACUGGCGAGUGGUGGCAGAGGUUCUUUUAAAGAAGAAAGAACAAUGGUAACAAAUGUAUACUGUUACAGGUGUCCCAAUACUUUGGUCAAACAGCCACACGUUCACUUCCAGGAAGGAAGUGAUGGGCCAGAUGAAGCGGGGCUUGUGUCUCGAGCAAAAAUGGGUGUGCCAAAUGAAGCGCAUAUUUGGCGUGUGUGUCCCUCCCAAAAAACUGACCGAUGAUAAACGAGGUCUCGGUUUGUCUGGAAUAUAUCAUUAGUUCAUUCAACGUAUGGUUGUCUCAUAACGCCGGAGACCUUUCCAGGUGUUGUCGGUGUUUGUAGUGAGCUGAAAUUUAGUUGGCGAAUUGGCGAGUCAUACUGGUUGUUUUCACUCAUUUUGUUUUUCAAUACCUUUGGUCUAUGUAAAAGUCAAAUGUUCAUUUGGCACAGUUUACAGAGCGACAGGUCGCAAGUUUGAACCUCAUGGAUGCUGAACAGUACUGUUCAGCAUCUGUUCAACACCUACUCUUUUGUCCAAACUCCAUAUUUUUCCUUCACAUAUUUUCAGUGUAAACUUUUGUAGGUAUUCUAACACUUUUGUCAACAUCUACAAUUAGGGUAUGGGGGCUGUAGGGAUGACAGCCCCCCCCCCCCCCAUUGCUUUGGCGUGCACUUUAAAAAAACAAAAUCAUCUGGAAGCUCCACUCGACGAGCCGGCAUUACCAUUGUGCCUUUCAACGAGUGACUUUUUUCUGGCUUCUGAUUGCCUGAAAUGGCCUCAGAGCCCUGUCGGGGUGGCAUUUACGGGACACCUUUCAAAAUACAAAGGCUGUUAAAUGAGGAUAUAUGAAGGAAUGUUGGUGUCACACGAGAAAGAGUCAAAAUAAAAUACUAAGAAUACAAGACAACACUACAAGAAUAAUGUUGCUCAUAGGGGAAGAAAAAGUCACGUGUAAAAAUAUUCGUAUGCUGUAAUUAGGAUAAUGAACAAAAGUCUUGAUAUUCCAGGAAUAACGUUAUUACGAGGGUGGGGGGGGGCACAAUAAGAAUUGAUUUUUAGUUUAAAUAAAGUCAGACUGUUCUUGGAAGAAGACUUUUGGAGGAAAGUAUUAUCAUGAGAAUGAACCAUGACAUUUUCAGACAAACGUCUGACACAUGGUUUGAGUCAGAGUUUGUAAAAUAAUAAAAUGUCUUAAAAUCUUAGUGGAAUAAAGUUGUACAAAUGAUUUUAACAUUUAUAUAGUGUGUCAAAGUGUUCUGGAAAGGUUUGAGGAAUGUUGCGAUGUUCAAGGAGUACUUGGGGAUUAAAUUGUUAAAAAUAUUCAUAUAACACAGGUAAUUGUAAUAAAAUGUUUUAGUCCCGCAAAAUGUAACCUGCAAGUAUAAGCCUACUUUUGGCCCACUCUGUAUUUUUUGAGAUUUAUUUAUU